AUGCCGACCGAUACGCGACAGCCAACGAUUGGGGCAGGUCAUGGCACCGUCCCAAAGCCGGCUCCUACAUCUGCUACAAAUGCGAGCGCUGAGAGGCCUGUUGGGAACGAUCGGAAUGAAUAUGCCACCCAACAGCCAACGCAGACGAAGAAACUGUCUUCAAAGGCCGUCAUGGACAUGGAACACAAGCAUGGUGCACACAACUACCAUCCUCUGCCAGUCGUCUUUGAUUCUGCAAAGGGAGCAAAGGUUUGGGAUCCAGAGGGAAGGGAGUACAUUGAUAUGCUGAGUGCAUACUCAGCGGUCAACCAAGGCCACUGCCACCCAAAACUCGUCGCCGCCGUUCAAGCCCAAGCGAGCAAACUCACCUUGUCCUCUCGCGCGUUUUACAACUCGCAAUUUGGACCGUAUGCAGAGUUUGUGACGCGCAUGUUUGGAUAUGACAUGGUGCUCCCCAUGAACACGGGCGCAGAGGCUGUUGAGACGGCCCUCAAGGUGGCGAGAAAGUGGGCUUAUGAGGUUAAAAAGGUUCCGCAGGGGAAAGCGAUGAUCCUUGCCUGCGAGGGGAAUUUCCAUGGUAGGACACUCGGUGUCAUCAGUAUGAGUACCGAUCCUGAAAGUCGUGGUGGAUUUGGGCCAUUCCUCGAAGGUGUAGGCCCGACGUAUAUGUCCAAAGAUGGGACUACAAAGGCGAUUCGGUACAACUGUAUCCCGGAUCUCAAAGAGGCACUCGAAACACAUGGAGGUCAUAUCGCAGCGUUCCUUGUCGAACCCAUUCAAGGUGAAGCAGGUAUCGUUGUCCCAGACGACGGAUAUCUCGCCGAAGCACACAAGUUGUGCAAAGAAUAUAAUGUGCUCCUUAUUUGCGACGAGAUCCAGACGGGGUUGUGCCGCACAGGAAAGAUGUUGUGCGCCGAGUGGGAUGGUGUGCGUCCGGACAUGAUUCUUCUUGGCAAGGCGCUUUCUGGGGAAUCAGACAAGCCGAUCAUGGGCGUUAUCAAGCCAGGUGAACACGGUAGUACUUAUGGCGGUGCCAUUGCCAUUGUAGCAUUGCAAAUCCUCGUUGACGAGCAACUCGCCGAGCGUGCGGAGCGACUGGGCAAGGUUUUCCGUGACGGUAUCAAGGCGAUCAACUCGCCACUCGUCCAGACCGUACGCGGGCGAGGAUUGCUAAACGCGGUCGUGAUCGAUGAGAGCAAGAGCAAGCGCGGACGCACGGCAUGGCAGCUUUGCUUGCUCCUCAAGCAACGUGGGCUCUUGGCGAAGCCUACGCAUGUCAACACCAUACGGUUUGCGCCGCCAUUGGUGAUUGAAGAAGAAGACCUCCGCAAGGCGAUUGAUAUCAUUGCAAAGGCGUUGAAGGAUCUGGAUGAGCUCGACGUUCUUCCUGGCGAAGAGGCAGAGGAGCCCGAGGAAAAGUCGUACACCGCUCAUGUCGAGCUCUAA